AGGCACAGCAGAGGAGCCCUGUAAGACUCUCAGCUGGGAGGGAAACUUGGAGGCCUGAACUGCUGAAGGAAUGCUAAGAUGGAGCUUAUCCCCAACCUUUCGAUAGAAACCUGGGUGCUACUGGCUACUAGCCUGAUGGUCUUCUACAUAUAUGGGACCUAUUCUCAUGGCCUGUUUAAGAAACUAGGAAUUCCUGGACCAAAACCUCUGCCUUUAUUUGGUACAAUUUUCAACUACUCUGAUGGCAUGUGGAAAUUUGACAACGAUUGUUAUAAAAAGUAUGGAAAAAUAUGGGGGUUUUUUGAGGGCCCACAGCCUAUUUUGGCUAUCAUGGAUCCAGAGAUCAUCAAAAUUGUGCUGGUGAAAGAAUGUUACUCAGUCUUCACAAACCGUCGGACUUUUGGGCCAGUGGGAUUUAUGAAAAAGGCCAUUACUAUGUCUGAGGAUGAAGAAUGGAAAAGACUACGAACACUCCUGUCUCCAACCUUCACCAGUGGCAAACUCAAGGAGAUGUUCCCCAUCAUGAAACAGUAUGGAGAUAUAUUGGUGAGAAACUUGAGACGAGAAGAAGAGAAAGGGGAUCCCAUCAACAUGAAAGACAUCUUUGGAGCUUAUAGCAUGGAUGUGAUCACUGGCACAUCAUUUGGAGUCAACAUCGAUUCUCUCAAUAAUCCACAGGAUCCCUUUGUGCAGAAAGCCAAGAAGAUCUUAAAAUUUCAAAUUUUUGAUCCAUUUAUUCUUUCUGUAGUUCUGUUCCCAUUUCUUACUCCAAUAUAUGAGAUGUUGAAUAUUUCCAUUUUUCCAAGACAAUCAAUGAACUUUUUCAAAAAAUUUGUAAAAAGGAUGACAAAAGAUCGCCUUGAUUCAAAUCAGAAGAACCGAGUGGAUUUUCUUCAACUGAUGAUGAAUACUCAGAACUCCAAAGGCCAAGAGUCCCAGAAAGCUCUUUCUGACCUAGAAAUGGCAGCACAAACCGUUAUUUUUAUUUUUGGAGGCUAUGAUGCAACAAGCACCUCCAUUUCCUUUAUAAUGUAUGAACUGGCCACUCACCCUGAUGUGCAAAAGAAACUUCAGGAUGAGAUUGACAGAACUCUGCCCAAUAAGGCACUUGUCACCUAUGAUGCCAUGAUGGACAUGGAGUACCUGGACAUGGUGGUGAAUGAAAGUCUAAGAUUGUACCCAAUUGCUAGCAGGCUAGACAGGGUCUCAAAAAAAGAUGUGGAAAUCAAUGGAGUGUUCAUUCCCAAAGGAACUGUAGUUACGAUACCAAUCUAUCCUCUUCACCGGAACCCCGAGUACUGGCCAGAGCCUGAGGAAUUCCACCCUGAAAGGUUCAGCAAGGAGAACAAGGGCAAGAUUGAUCCAUUUAUAUACCUGCCCUUUGGGAAUGGACCUAGGAACUGCCUUGGCAUGAGGUUUGCUCUCAUCAGUGUGAAACUUGCUGUCAUAGGAGUCCUGCAGAACUUCACUGUCCAGCCUUGUGAGGAAACACAGAUCCCCCUGAAGAUUAGCAGGCAACCGAUUUUCCAACCAGAAAAACCCAUCAUCCUAAAGCUUGUGUCAAGAGAUAAACUCAGAACUGGACCAUGAAUUUCCUCCAGGAUCCAUGUUGUAUUCUUCAAGGAGACUGUAUGACUGAACACCUAAGAAUUUAAUUAACCUUAGAAUAAGACCCACAUAAUAUGGACAUAAUCAACUUUUCUUGAUGACUGAGUAUACACAAAUUCAUUGAAUAUGCUCAGUGGCUCUGCAGUAUAUCAUCUAUUGUCCGAUUCAAAAGAAAUUAUUAACUCAAUUGUAGUGCAGAGGUUCAUCUUCUGAUUCUUGUAGGACCAUUUGCACUGAUUCCAGUUAGUUCCGUCAAUUCUGAAUUCUAACAGCAGUAACUAUUUCUCUAUUGUUCUACCAAUAGUUACUGUUGUAAUAACUGUUAGUAAAUGUGUAUCAAAUUUUCUCUUUGUAAAAAUGUGUGAUAUUAAGAUUAUAAAUAAAUAUAUUUUU